AUGCCAAGCCGCCCGCACUGCCGCUUCGGGAGCUUGCUCUCGGACCCCGGGAACCGUCCGUGGAAGAGACUCCGGGAGGAUGGAUUCUCCCACCGGAGCAACAUCCGAGCCGUCCUCCCGCAGACAAACUCGGGCCCUGCCCCGCGGACGGGGCUGCAACGGCUCUUGUUCCAAGCGCGCGUCAACUUCUCCUCAGACCACCCACCCCCGCCCCCCCGAGGCCGCGGACUCCUAGCCAAGGUCGUCGCCCCUCCAACAAGGCCACCUCGCGGGGCGGGGCGGGGGCGGCCAGAUGGGCUGAGCUCCCGGCCUGUGGUGGGCGGGCCGGAGCGGGGCGAGGGCUUAAAGGGCCGACCGGGGCAGCGCCAGAUCCGACGGGGCGCCAUGUGGUCUCUGCAGGCGCUGAAGCUGGGCUGCCUGCUCGCGCUGGCCGCGCUGCCGCUGCUCUGCGGCCUCCUCCCGGCGCUGCUGUUCCGCUUGCGCGGGGCCGCGGCCAACGGCGCCUCUCGGAGCAGGCGAAGCAUCCUGAGCUGCGCGGCGGGCGGAGUCUUUAUGGCCGCCUGCUUGCUGGACGUGAUGCCGGAUUCGCUGGCCGAUCUUCGGGACGAACUCCGUCGGCAGAGCCUCUCGACGGCCUUCCCCGCGCCCGAGCUGGUCCUGGCGCUGGGCUUCCUGCUGGUGCUGGUGCUGGAGCACGUGAUGCUGGACUGCAGCGAGCGGCCGGGGGCCGAGGCCACGCCAGUCCUUGAGCGCCGCCAAGAAGCCGCCGUCGGGGAGCAGCGGGCCGAGGCCGCGCCGUCGCCCUUCCGUUCGCUGGUGCUGGUCGUCUCGCUGUCGCUGCAUUCGGCCUUCGAGGGGCUGGCGCUGGGGCUGCAGGACACGCCGAGUAAGGUGCUCCGGCUGGCGGUGGCGAUCGUCCUCCAUAAGUGCAUGGUUGCGGCCAGCCUGGGCCUGUUGCUGCUCCAGAGCCGCCUGGCCUUGCCCUGGCUGGCGGCCGCCGUGGCCUGCUUCGCGCUCAUGUCUCCCGUGGGCGUGGGGGUGGGCAUGGCCGUGCCCUGCGGUGCCGGUCCCGGAGGGUCCCUGGCGCGGAGCGUCCUGGAGGGGGUGGCGGCAGGAACCUUCCUGUACGUCACCUUCCUGGAGAUCUUGCCCCAGGAGCUGCAUCUUCCCUCGGGCCGCUUGCCCAAAGUCCUCGCUCUGCUCCUGGGCUUCUCUGGGAUGGCAGGGCUGCGCUUCCUUGGCUGAGCUGUGCCGGCCCCCCGGACGGUGGCGCCUGAGCAAAGGCAGGCUGUUCCUGGGACACCUCGGGAACCUUCAGCGGUUUUAUUAAAUAGGUUUGUAUUUGUCAAGAACAG